CUUGUGUGUUUACAUUCUCUUAUUCUCUAUGCAUUUUGUUCUCCAUGUUGUUUGUUUUGUGUGCGUGCGUAUUGUAGUAUGAGGUUUUAGAUUAUUGUGUUUUAUAUGUAACUUGUUUCCUCUAGUCUCUAGAUGAAACCCGCGCACAAUGGCACACGUUUACCUUAUUGUAGUUACAGUAGAACCGAAUUGUGUUUGUGUGUGUAUAAUGUAUUAUUCCAUGACCUAAUUCUUGAUGCUAUUGCGAAUAAACAGAUGUAUAGAAUGUAUACUUAAUGAUAAAACCAGAAGUUGAGCCUACUUUUUGCCAGGCAAGGAAGUAACUGAUAAAUUCUUAACCCUGAUCCAGUAAUACUUUUCUGCUUACCUAGUUCCCUAUGAGAAUAUAUUAAUUAAAAGAACUAACAUAUAGAUAACCCAGGUUGAACAAAAUAGGCGCAGCACCUGGACUUAGAGGAUUUAAUAUAUUGAAGAUUCUGAUUCGGUAAACCUAAAAUGUCAGUAAAGCCGAACAUGAAUUAUCUUUCCAGCUAACUUCUCAUUAAGUCGACAAGGCAAAACUAUCUACAAUAAACAUUCUUGAGAAUUUUACUUGACUUGUACGAUUGAGGACAGGACAAGUGAUUAGAUUAAUAUUUUUUAUUAUUAUGUGAGCCAGAGAUCAUUUCAUUCUUGAUCUCUUGGUGUAUGUAUAUGUAUAUGUUCAACUUUACUCUUGUAAUUUAAGAAUGCUCUUCUUUUCUAGAGCAUAUGUGCGUGUUCUCGUUGCCUGAAUCACCAUUUAAUUAAGUUUCCGCUUACUGAAAUUUUGUGGGAUUUCAGAUUAUUUUGUUUAUAGAUUUACCAUGCAUUUAUUCACCCUAGUGCUGUUGAUUGUAACUAGUUGGUUACUUGUUUUGUGUUUUCUGUGUUCCUUCCGGACUUGAUUCUUGAUGGAGAGGCAUAAAAUGUAUAUUAGCAAUAAAACACAAUUGAUUGAUUAAUAAUUAAUUAAUAAGAAACUAACUGACCAAUUCAUAAACCAAAUGAUCUUUGGUACUAUAUAUUUUUUCUCAUAACGGGAAUGCAUAAACUAAACAAUAUUCAUAUCAAUAAUUUGGUACAGCAAUACUUGAUGAGUAAGUUACGGAUACACUUGAGAGAUGCAGAGUGCACCUUCACAUUCACAUUUAUAAGUUAAAAAUGUUAUGCACGUCUUCUUUAUAUAUACACAUGACUUUCAUCAGGUGGCUAAGCACAUCUUUGUCUCUCUUGGUUCCUGUUCAUGUCUUUCCAGAAGAAAGUACCAUGACUCCUCAGUUCUGUUAAUGUUUAAGUUCAUCUGUUUUGAGCUGUGCUCUAUAUGAAUUAAUUUAUGUUAUGGUUUAUAUAGCUUGUAAAUUUAUACAAUGUUGUAGCUUUCUUUCAAUGUAGUCUUGGAUCUGCCAUUUGAUGUUGCAUUUUUUCUUUAACCUGUUGUUUCUUUUGCAGCAUCUCUACAUAUCAGAAGAUCAAGUUCAGCCUAGUUUGAUGAGGACGUUUCUGAUUGACAAAGAAGAUUGCGCUGUAAUGAGCCGGAAACGCUCACUUGAGAGUGGCAGUUGUGAAGGCGUAGAUGUGUUGCCCAAUUGCAAGAGCUUAACAGUUGAUCAGGUUCACCAAUCUCACAUUCCACAGCUAAAAUAUAAGAAACUUGGAAGUGAGAGAAGGCUCAGUACACUAGAGUUGCCUGGUACAUUAGCACCAGCUGAUGCAACAUGCAAAGUGAGAGAACAACUGGUUUCUUCUGGUAAAGAGCUCGUUGAUCGAACAGAGAGGCAAACUGAAAGAAAAACAGAUAUGAGGCCGCCAAAAGUGAUUAGAGAGGCUGUAUUAGGAAGAAUGGAGGCUGAUGAUCGCAUUACCUCUUUCGGUUGUGAGGUCUGGAAUGGAAAGUAUACUGCAGAACAAAGAACUGUGGUGGAGAUGAUACAUAUGGAUAAUGAUGGGAAGGAGGUAGGGGCGAAGGUUGAUAAAGGUGCAUUAAGAGUAGCAAAAGAUAAGGUAGUUGCUAGACAUGAUGAGUUUAAGCUGGCUGCACAUGAGAGGGAGAUGGAAGUUCAAGAGGAAUCUGGUGGAAAAAUUACUUAUGGCUCUAGUGGAAUUUGUAAGAUCUCUCUUGCAUGCAAAAAUGAGAAUGAUAAGAGCAAUAUGCAGUGCAACUACAAGGAAACGCAUCAAAACAAGAUGCAUGAGGUUCUGACUCUAAAUAGUUUACCAGACAACUAUCAGGCAGAUCUCUGUCGGGAUCAGGUGAGGAAGGUGCUGGAUCUAUAUAAAGAUACACUAGAAAGGGUUCGGAAAGACGAUAAAGUGAAGACAAAUGGAAAAAGAAAGAUUGGUAUGCAGAUUUAUGUAGAUGCAGCAAUGCAACUGAAAGAUCACAAGAAAUGGCUUAAUGUUGAUAAAUGUUUCGGAGCUCUGCCUGGUAUUGAAAUUGGGGACCAAUUUCAAUCGAGAGCUGAACUUGUAAUUGUUGGCCUACACAGCAAGUUCUUGGCUGGAAUAGAUUAUAAGAAUAUGGGUGGAAAAAUUUGUGCCAGCAGUAUUGUUACCUCUGGUCACCAUGGUGAUAAAAAUCAUUCCUCUGACGUCUUGAUUUAUGUGGGGGAAGGUGGUAAACCAAAUCGCGGUUCUGAGAAACCUGAAGACCAGAAAUUAGUCCGAGGUAACCUUGCGCUAAAGAAUAGCACUAAUGAUGUUCCAGUAAGGGUUAUUAGAAGAAUUCAGAAUGUGAAAGCGCCUGAAUUGACCCUUGCAGAUUCCGUGUCCAAAUUUGUUUAUGACGGGCUAUACUUUGUCAGAAAGUGUUGGCCAGAGCGCGAGCAUUGUGGAAAUUUGGUAUACAAAUUUCAGUUGGAAAGAAUCCAGGGACAGCAGGAGCUUCCUCGGUGGACUACACAGAACACUUUGAGGAAAUUUAACAAAGCAACACAAUGCCCUAUAGUUCUUAAUGAUAUUUCCAAUGGGGAAGAAAACAUGCCAGUUCGUGUGGUAAAUGCAAUAGAUUGUCAGAAACCCCCACCUUUCAAGUACACAACGAAGAUGGCGUACCACUCUCAGCAGUGCGUGGUCUCUAAGUCUGGUGGCUGUGAUUGCCUUGAUGGAUGCUCGAAAGAAACCCUAUGUUCUUGCAUCGUCAUGAGUAAUGGAAAGGUUUCAAUAGACAAUAGUGUUUCUAUUGUCAAAAAGGAUCCUAUUGUUUACGAGUGUGGUCCUUGUUGCAAAUGUCCUCCUGGUUGCAAAAACAGAACGAGCCAACAUGGUGUAAAACUCCAGCUAGAGGUCUUCAAGAAUACACCUACGGGCUGGGGUGUUAGAUCAAGAAAUUUUAUCUCAGAGGGGAGGUUCAUCUGUGAGUAUGUUGGAGAUUUGCUAAAGUACAAGGAAGAGGAGGGAAGAAUUGAUUUUGACGAAUCAGCAGUUGAUGCUGGAAAUUCUAAUGAUGCAAAAACUGUGAUGUUUGGGAAUGUGGCAAGAUUUAUAAAGCAUAGCUGUUCUCCUAAUCUAUAUGCCAAGUGUGUUCUAUUUGAUCACGAGGAUAUGAGAAGGCCUCAUGUAAUGCUGUUCGCUGCUAGGAACAUACCUCCGAGGAAGGAGCUCACUUUUGACUACAAGCUGCCUACAACAGCUCCUCAGCAAAGCCUCUCGGUUAGCUAAUUUGAUAGCUGGCUUUGAUUUAGAUCCAGAUACUAUUCAUAAUUCAAAGAAUAUGCAUAAAUUUUCAUAUCAGUCACAUGUAUUGCAUAUUUUGUUAGCAUGAAAAAUCAGUUUCCAUUUAAAAGUUAAUCAUAUUUUGAAACAUCCAUGACAUUGUCAUAUAUUUGAAAUCUUUAAUCAGAUAUAUCUGAUGCACAAUGUUAUA